GGAGUUGCUAACUGUGGACUGAGGGAUUUGAUUUUUGCUUGGGUGUCCAAGGAGAGGGCCUUCUAGUUAUUGGCUUGCUAGGUUGGAGGAAAUUCAUACUUAAAUUAGCGUGAAUACCAUCUUGCUCUUCAGCUAGCCUAACUAGGUACGGGGUAGAACAGACAUGGCAGACUGGAAAAUGCCAGUGAGUUACAACUACAACCCGUCUUACCACGCUUAUGCCUACGGUUUAAUGUACCCUCAAGGACCCGAGCAAACUCCUCCGACCAUGGGCUGGGCGGAGGCCGCGUACGGACCGACAGCUGGGGUCACUGGCAGCUUCUACUCCUCCCAGGCUCCAUCGCAGUCCCCACCUGGCAGUCCGGAAUGCCCCACCAACAACACUAACGGACAUUACCCGAGCUCGGUCGUGUACUACGCGGAUUCGCAGUCGCACACGCAGAACGGGCGUCUUUUCCUCUCGCAUAACCGCGUCCAUUACGACCAACAAGCGAAGGACCAGGACCAAGCUGGUACAGGGAGCGACACGCUAAGCGACUCGGAGGCCCACACCCCAGAUUCUUGGAGCUCGGGUAGCAGUCGAGAGGGAGGCGCCCCCCCAACCGACCUCGACCUCCCUCCCUGGAUCAAAAAAGAGCGGGCAUAUGCGUUGGAGAAUGGUAGCCCCAACGGCGGUGAAGUUCUUUCCAGCUCCCUCUUGGUGACUGCGGAGGAGCCGACGAAUUUGAACGCGGGGGGAGACGAAGUGCCAGCACUGUCCGUUCCGUCUCCGUCCGAGCAGCUGCCGGCGCAGCCCCGCAAAGCCAAAGCCCGUACCGCGUUCUCUGAAGGUCAGAUGAACGCGCUUACUGACCGCUUCAACGUUCAGAGAUACCUCACGCCAGCAGAAAUGAAGACUCUAGCAGGGUUGACUGGGCUUACGUACAAGCAGGUGAAAACCUGGUUUCAGAAUCGCAGGAUGAAACUCAAGAGACAUCAGAAAGAUAACAGUUGGGUGUCAGAGAGGUACAUUACGGCAGGGAUUUCAAAUGCAUCAACCCCACAUUCUCAGUUCCAGGUAGAUGCUCCAAUACUGAACCAUGAACUUUUUACCAACCCGCAGUUCAGAGAUGCUGUCUUCAAGAAAAGCCCCCAACAAAUGCAGUCCUUCUAUCCCAGCUACUCUCGGCCUCUCUCCCCUUCCCAAGUGUCCACUAGGCCUCAGGGAAACUGGCCUUUGCCCCCAGUUGUGACGCACUACGAGUUCCCCAACCCCUCUAGUUAUGUGCCAGUUAGUGGAAAUGGUGACUGUGGAAGUGUUGUUGACCCAGGCAGCAACCCUACACAACUGGCCACAGUGCACAGUGCCACCCAGUGGUCCUCUUAAGCAGUUGUGCUUAGCUGUGAGUUAGAGGCACAUGUAAAUAGUUUUAGCUUUUGGUUGUAGACCAUACAUGUAAAUAGCUGUGAUCCAAGGAACUUAUUGUAGAUGCUGCUUUUUGUUCCUCUUAACUCUGCUUGCUGCAUGCUAUCAAUUGCACAACCUUUUUUUUUUUUUUUUUUUUUCCCCCUUUUUAUGAACAGGAAGUUUUUAAUCUAGUUUUUAUCCCGAAGCUCUAUUUUUGUAAGUUCAGUGAACCAUCCAAAGUAUUUAAUUUUUUUUUUUUAGAUAGCCUCACUUUCUUUUGAUGCUUGACAUGAGUGUUGGUGUGUGACAGCAAUGUGACAAGUUCAUUCCAUCAGAUGUAUAUAAUAUGCUUCUAUGCAAGGCACUGUUCCACAUCUGUCAGCAGAGGAUCAAUACUGCACUAGAUUGUAUACUGUUUCAAAUUAUGUACCAUAUGAAUUGUAUGAUUGCUUUGUUGAGCAUUUGCUUUCCAAAUGUUCCUGUGCUCCACUGCUCAAGAUAUUCUUGUUCUUUGACCCCUAUCUUUCAAACUGUAUCUUUUGAAACCCUACACUAUUGUGUAGAAUAAAUGUUCUUGUGUCGCUGAAAUGGCUUUUAUU